GUCACGUCACGCGAGACAGCACAGGAGCCGAGCGAGAGAAAAAAAACAUGAACAAGAAGAAGAGUUUCCUGUGAAUUAAACCUCGUGACAAACCUUCGACAUGUCCAACACGUCCACACCGGUACAGGGGACUCGCUCGGAACCGUAAAGAUGAGCUCGAACCGCAGGUCACGCGCCUUUUCCGUGAAUUUACGGCUAUGAAUUUCUCCAAGCAUGGGGAAGUUUCAGAUGAAGCAAUGCUUGACAAAGCAGAACACAAGCAUGUCCAGGACAUUAAAGAGGAAGCGGAGGACUAUGCUGUUUGUGAGCUACCUGAAGGACGUGGAGGAGGAACUCAUGCGACCUCUGAGGCUGGUAAACGGACAUCAGCAGAGAUGGGUCCUGAUACAGACCAGUCCUCCAGCAGCAAGAGAGCCAGAGUCUCUGCAGAGAUGAGGAGGCACUUGAUUGAUGUGAGCAGCAGACAUGAGCCUCUUUGCCUCACCACAACUGGAGAGAACAGGGACUGCGUCCAGGAGAAGUCCAGGGCGUCCUACAGAAAGCCUCUCUUCAGCAUCUCCCACAGGAUCUCAGAGAAGAGGAAUACACCGAGUCUGGAGCAGCAGGCCAGUCCUGAUGCUGGAAUUCCGCUCAACUACAGCAGCGUCCUCUCGUCCAAGCUCCAAAAUCCAGAGGAAAAAGACAAAUUGGAGACCCUCCCCACCACAGACAGUUUAGACCAAGCUUCAACAACAAACUCCAGCCUUUAUCCACUGAUUGAGAAAAUGUUUUUUAUUCUCAAUACCCUCAAUUCGAGCAUGACACAACUUCACAGCAAAGUGGACUUGUUAACCCUCGAAGUCAUGCGCAUAAAAAAGCAGAUCAAACCCGCCGAGAUGGUGACGGAGUUCCAGCCUCCUCCUGAAUAUCUACUAACAAGUGACGAAUUGAAUCAGCUCAUGGAGCAGACAUCCGGCGCCGGGGAGCUUGGGUGUCGGCUGCUGGUGCAUCUCUUCCCAGAGCUGUUCAAAGUAAGGGAGUGCUCUCAUGAAUGCAUGGCGAGCAAAAGAAUGCUGGAGUCUCUCCAUCUGCAGCUGAUCCGUAACUACGUCGAAGUAUGCUACCCGUCAAUCAAGAACAACAGUGUCUGGCAGGAAGAAUGUCUCCUCCAGAUUAAUGACUUCUUUAAUCGCUUUUGGGCGCAGAGGGACAUGGAGAGCGCUCAGCUGCUCAGGAAGCAGACACUCACAGGUGCUGGGAUAAAAGCUGAGCAGCCUCAAACCUACCAUUUCAUCAAUGAGCAGGGUCAGGAGGAACAUGUCGCUCUAGAUAACCAGCAAAACAGCCUGGCUGAGUCAGACCCUGCUUUCAAUACACAAGCCACAGAGGACAUCGAUGAGUUCUCGUCCCAUGAGGACUUAAUUUUUUUUCUUAUGCACCGUCUUUUCCCUGAGGUGUUUGAAGGAGGAAAAAUGCCUGAGGGCUCCAGUAGCUUCAGUAGAGUGGGGCAGCUCAUUCUAGACUCUGACAAGAUGGAAAUUAUAAGAAAGUACAUGGAGGCAAAUUUUCCUGAUGUGCCUGAGGACAGCUGGCUCCAGGUCUGCAUUCAGCAUAUGGAGGAUGCUCUCGAGGGUCCUCGCAGUAAUGGUAAUGGGAGUGAACCUGACAAUAUCAACGAUGAGGGCUAUGAUGUAGUCAGCCUUUCAGAAAAUGUUUCUAUAAUUAAUGUUCCAGACGUGGCUGAUUAUGAAAGGCCCAUUCGCAAAGCCAAAAAGUCACUGCUCUCCCCCGUGGAUUUUGAUAAUCUGGAGAUUCCUGUACCCGACUUCACUGUCCCCCAGGGGUUCCUCUUGUCCUUGGAGCAGCUGAAAUUCAACUAUGAAUGUAGCUUGUCCAUUGGGAACUUUGCCUCUCGGCUGCUGGUGCUUAUGUUCCCUGAGCUCUUCACCCAAGAGAACGUACGGAAGCAGUACAACUGCAGUGGUUCUCUUGGGAAAAAGCAGCUCGACCCUGUUCGUGUAAACCUGAUUCGUCACUAUGUGCAGUUAGUCUACCCUCGGGCCAAGAACGACAGAGUGUGGAUGUUAGAAUUUGUGGGGAAACUUGAUGAGAGGUGUAGGAGACGUGACACAGAGCAGAGGAGAUCCUACCUGCAGCAACGCAAAGUGUAUGGGCAAGAGUCUGAGCAGGACUUUCUUUGCCAGCUGAACCAGCUCAAUCCAGAUAUUAGAGAUGAUUCAGAUAUUCCCUCUUUACCUCCUGAGAAAAGCAGCAAAGAUUUUUGCAAAAUUCCUCUGGAUGAACUGAAUGUAUCCAAACCUGACUUCCCCGUACCAGCAGCCUACCUGCUCUCAGAUACCGAGGUACGGGAAAUCGUCCAGCAGAGUCUCUCUGUUGGGAACUUCGCUGCCCGUCUGCUCGUGCGCCUCUUCCCUGAACUCUUUACACAGGAGAACCUGCGGUUGCAGUACAACCAUUCAGGGGCCUGCAACAAGAAGCAGCUCGACCCUGUGCGCCUCAGAUUGAUCCGUCACUAUGUGGAAGCAGUGUAUCCUGUGGAUAAGAUGGAGGAGGUGUGGCACUAUGAAUGUGUGCCAAGCAUUGACGAACGCUGCCGGCGCCCUAAUCGCAAGAAGUGUGACAUUCUCAAGAAGGCCAAGAGGUCAAGCAUUGUGUCCUAGUUACAGUACUCUCCAGUUAGGCAACACUUUUUGUCAUGAAAAAUAAUUGCACAUUAUAUAAGCUGAAACCGCAUUGUUGAACUUUUACAUAACUGUCCUAUGUAGGAUGAAGCCAAGCUGGUAUGAGUUUCUUCAGUACUAUUCUUUGUCAUAUUUUAUAUUUGGACUACAGCAAUAGAUGUUGUAGUGUAUGCAGUCUUAUUAAUGUUGGCUCAAGAGUUAAAACUGCUUCUAUUUAUAAGCCAAAACUGUCAUAGCUUAUCUAACAUUCUUUGUUGAUAAAUGUUGUAGCCUUAACAACAAUAACAAUUAUAGUAGCUGAUAGCAUCAAUCACACAUUUGCUCUAUGGAUAGCAAUGAUUCACAACUAUGUGAUGUAGAGACAGGUGACAAACUAAAGGAAAAACCUGACUAAAUGAGUAGAGAACUAUAUAUCUCCAGAGGGGCUGUAUGUGAGAACGUUAAUAUCGGGGUCAGAGGCUCCAAACAUUCCCCAGUUUCUCCUGCCAGAACCUGAGUAAAUACUCUGCAGGAUGCCUGAAUCAGCCGAUGCGAGAAAACGGCAAGAGAUCCUCCGCAGGAUUCACCGCGAACGAGUGGGUGUGUUGAUGACGUUUCUAAAAUGAAAGAAAACAAUUAUCUCAGGGUGAAAAGGCGAUGCCACACACAUAGAAGACACUGACAAAAGUGUCCAGGGGCCUCAUUUAUAAUCAUUGUGUACGCACAAAACAGGGCCUGAAACUUGCGUACGCCACUUCUCACGCAAACGUUGGGAUUUAUAAAAACAAACUUGAAUGUGCGCACUUCCACGCUAACUCUGACCCAUGCGUACGAACAUUGUGGAGACGGGAAAAUGACGAUGCAGAUGUGGGGUGGUGAAAUGAAGCAGAUUAUUGAUCCACUUCAUCAUUACCAUUAAAACCAACAGCUUUAGUUGUGCUUUUGCACGACAAAACUGUUCCAUAAGAACCUUCAAUUGAAAAAGAUAUAAAACAGCUGACAGUAAAUUACAUUCAGAUACCAUUAAACAGCUGAGUCAUUAAUAGUUUUGCAUAAUAUCUUCUAAGACUGUGCAUGUAUCAUCAAGGACAAGUGUGUGUAAAAUCGCAGCAGUGAACGUGACUGUUCCAUCUGGCGCACAGAGCUCACUGGAGAUCACUCACAAACAAUAUAGACAAACUAUUCACUUUCAAACUUCUAUUUCCAAAUAAGAUCCCAGAGUGGAGGUUAGGAUCACACUGAUUCAUGAGGUAAUCGGUCCGAUUGCUCUAAAUAUAUAAAUAAUGCUAUAAGUGAUACUCGGGCGUAAUGCUGCGUGAUGGAUGCUCGCAAAUGAGGAAAUGAGUGUUCAGUGAUCACAAAGAGUUUUUGUCCCAUGAUGAUGACUGAUCAGCUGAUAUAUAUUCCAUAGAUCUGUGAUCUUGGAUCUUUGUGCUGAACUGAGUCCAGUAUUACACAGAUCGACCGAUGGAACUGAUCCAUCCCAGUACCAAAAAAAGUAUAUAAUAAUAAUUAUUUUAAAUUGUAUAGAUUGUGGACAUCACAACUGUCUCUACAUUUGAUAACAAAGAUUAAAACUCGUACAGGUGACACAAGUUCCCCCACAUUCUGACAGUUUGGAACGAUUCUUUUUUUGCCUCCAAUUGGAUAUUUUUUUUAUUUCAGGCUCCGUUCUUUCUAUCGUCUUCGCUCUAACUCACUGUUUUAUCAGCAGCAGCAACAGUCUAUCAGUGUAUUUUCAUUAUUAAUCACAUCACUGCUGUCCCAUAAAAUCGCUCUCCACCUCACUAACAAGCACCUCGAUGUCAGGGUCAGAAAGUUUUGCUUCCUCUUCUCAUCGCUUGGUGCCGUGACUCUGUCAUGAUUCACUGUGAAAACCUGUUGGUCAGCAGGAUAAUUUAAUGUUCAUUAGUUGCUUUGCAUUGAACAUUUAUGGCUGAAAGUGGGCGUGUAGAGGGCGGACUUGGAGGCAGAUCCACGUACGAACGUUUCCAGGUGGACUGUGAUUUAUAAAGUGAACAUUGCGUUCAGGUGUGUGUACGCACGGUUUUAUAAAUCAAAAAAGAAAAUCGGCUUUUGUGCGCACGUACACUUUUAGUAUGAAUCCUACGCACUGUUUUACAAAUGAGGCCCCUGAGCUUUUGGUGAGAAAGAUGCAUGUGUCCAUGUGCUGUAAACAAAAUUGCGUCCUGCCUCUGCCUGUUGCACCACACCUCACCUGAACACUGGAGAUUUCUGUGUUGUUGUGAAUCUCAAACACCAGACCCAAUCCUGCGGACAUCCACUGGAGUUCAAGUGUGAAAACCUCUAUUAUGGCCUUUACCGUUGUUAGAUCUCAGUAUAUCUCCAAUAGAGGAAAACCUACAGGACAUUUCUGACAGAUGUGACAUCUCUCUCUCUCUCCAUCAUCAUCAUCAUCAAAAUACCAGUAUACCUUAGAAAAACAGUGUUUCAUCCCUUUAGUCGAGUUCAGACACUUGUGGAUUGAAUGCAAAGUACCACUGAAGCUGUUGACACAUGUUGGCCCAACUCUUAACUCACCGUAUGUCGUUUUUUCCUGUAAUUUGUCACCUGUCUGUAUUUCCGUUACAGUUACUGAUGUAGCAUUGUGCCACCACUGUUUUAACAACAACGUGCUUAUGUUAAGCCUUCUUAUAGAAGUUUAUACUAUAAAGACAAUUUAACAUGACAAUGGAUCAUGAUAACCUUUCUAAUAAAAUCCUAGUUAUAAAUAU